GAUUACAUUCUCUUGCGAGCUCAUUCCACCAGUACGCAGCGCCGGGGUACGUGGCCACACACAAACAMAAUUCACAUCAAGUCCGUUGGAAGAGGAAAUAUUGUGUGAAGCAAGUUUAUGCCAACCCCGGCGCAAAGCUCACAUAUUCUCACAUUUAACCAUACAAAUCUGAUAGACUGUAAUAAUGGCAAUGGAUUUACUGUGCUGUGAACCAGGUUCACGCACACGAUAUGCAUACAAAGAUCGUGUUCUACUAAAAGAUGACAGGGUCCUUAAAAAUCUACUGGCAUCCGAAGACAAAUACCUACCAAGUUGUAGUUAUUUUAAAAUAGUUCAAAAAGAAAUAGAACCGUAUAUGAGGAGAAUGGUAGCGACAUGGAUGCUAGAGGUAUGCGAAGAGCAACGGUGUGAAGAAGAAGUUUUUCCUUUAUCCAUGAACUAUUUAGACCGUAUUUUAUCAAUGUUACCGAUACGGAAAUGUGAACUGCAAUUACUAGGAGCAGUAUGUAUGUUUAUUGCUAGUAAGCUGAAAGAAACAAAUCCAUUAACUGCGGAAAAACUAUGCAUUUAUACAGACAACUCAAUUACAUGUGAAGAACUAUUAGAUUGGGAACUGUUGGUAUUAGGCAAGUUAAAGUGGGAUGUAUCUGCAGUUACUGCCUAUGACUUUCUAGARCAGAUAUUUAGUCGACUACCCUUAGACCAAGAAACCGCUGAAGUGCUAAGAAAGCAUGCCGCAACGUUCAUCGCGCUGUGCUGUACAGAUGAUAAAUUUUUACUAUAUACUCCGUCAAUGUUGGCUGGUGCCUCAGUAUGCGCGGCKUUUACAGGCUUAGGGAUAUCAGAGACUMACAAAAACACAAAAUCCUGGACGGCAACCAAGUUGGCCGAUUUAUUACACAAGAUUACUAAUAUUGAACCGGAAUGCUUAAAAAGUUGUCAAGAUCUAAUGGAAGAAGUCUUACAUUUAAGCGUUAAUUUAGAUGGGACGCGGGGAAAAAAGAUGGAAACGCCUACAACCCCAAGUACUCCAACAGACUUACAGGACAUUCAUUUUUAAAUCCUGAAUUUGGUGUGAUGCGCCAUUUGUAUGAAUUAUAGACUACGGUGUGAGUGUGUGUAAAUAUUUUAAUAAAACGGAUUUGACAACAGAA